AAAUUGAAUGAACAGAUGAACAUAUACACAUGAAAAAUAACCAAUUAAUUUAAUUGGUCGGAAAUGGAGCAAGAUUAAGUGCAAGCUAUAUUGGGUCAAAGCAGCUUAAGUUAAAGAAAAAAAAGUCAGAAUUUUGCCAUUCAUAGAACCAACAAUGACAAUAAAAAAGUCUUACAAUGAAGUUAGACGUAAUCAUAAAUGGAUUUUCUAACCUGUUUAUUAAUUGUCUGUUAGCCAAACUUCGUCUGCAGAACGGUUCAAGCUCGUGUUCUGGACGAGUGGAGGUUCUUCAUAAUGGAACCUGGGGAACAGUGUGUGAUGAUGGCUGGAAUCUACAAGAUGCUGAAGUGGUGUGUGGAGAAAUUGGCUGUGGAAAUGCUACAGAGGCCAAAAAAGGGGCUUUUUUUGGGAAAGGCUCGGGACCAAUAUGGAUUAAUAAUUUAGGGUGUAUUGGGAACGAGAUCAGUCUAAAGAGAUGCAGAUCGAGUGGAUGGGACGUACAGAACUGUAAUCAUUCUAAAGAUGCUGGAGUCAUCUGCCAAAAUGAAAGUUCGUCUUCAACAACUGCAAACUCAAGCUCAACAGCACAAGUGACAUCUGCAUCUUCUGCGAACACCACCAGCUCUCUAAGAAACAUCUCUUCAGUCUCUUUUAACUUCAUCUUUAUAAAUCAUUCAGAAAGUUGGAUUGAUGCACUUCGAUACUGUAAAGCUCACCACCAGACUCUGGUGCACAUCUUAAACGGCACUGCACAACAGUAUAUCACACAAAUGCUACAAGCUAAAGAAAUCAGCAGUGGAGUGUGGAUUGGACUUGAACGGGAUAUGCUUUUUGCUUGUUCGCCCUGGCUGUGGACUGGUGGGCCAUAUGUGGAUUAUAAAGCCUGGAAUAAAUUGUCUCCAGUGGACCCAGGAAGCAAAUUUUGUGGAAAGCUCCAGAUAGAAAAUAACACGUUUGGAUGGAUAGAUGCCUGCUGUUAUGAGAAACUUCCCUUUAUCUGUCAGGGGUGAAACACUAGAUAGAGCUGUUUCCUAGUUUUAAGCUGGUGAUAACAGAGUCAAGAUUCAUUUAAUACACUCAAAAAAAGAUGCUUGCUGUUUGUUCAAACUACUCUUUUAAAAUGAGCUGAAACAACACAAUUCUUGAGGGCUUUUUGGGGACAACUUAAUUGUUUUAUGUUCAAUCCCUUUAAAUGUGUAGAAACUAAUAUGUUAACUUAAUUCCUUCAUCAAUUGUGUGGAACAGCAUUUUUUACAGUGUAUGAUGUCCUGUUUAUGACUUUUCAUUUCAUA